GGACAGUGCCUGCGGUGCCACGUUAUACCCACGCAGCAUUUUUUUUUUCUGGAGACGUGGAUGGCGGAUGGUGGAUGGUGGAGCAUCGCCUGCGUGGACGCGCAGCAUCACCGCACCGGCAUCACCCUCCUCCUCCUCCUCCUUAGGAGCACGAGCUUUGUCCGCUCAUAAUGAUCGACUCCGUAUAGGCUACAUGUGUAUUAUGAGCAAAAGGCUAUUAUCUACUGUCUAUUUUGCCAAAUCAAAGGGUCAAACGUUUUACCUCCUAGUCUUGCUGAGGGGGGAUAAACGGCAGGAGGCGGGAUUGUAGUGCCGUCAGCCAAGCGCUUUUGGAUAGCCUUACUAUUGGUCGGAACCAAUCCCGUUGCGCUCCGCUCUGCUCACUUCCAUACUGAAAUCGUGGCAGACGUUUUUUUUUUGUUGUUUUGGGUUGUUUAUUUAUUUAUUUAUUUUUUCAAAAGCAUCACCUAGAAUCCGGAGAGCCUGACAAGCGAGCACAAUAUUAUCUUGGCACCGUGGAUCGACACAUGAUGGUGUGAUCCCACCAUUGUGCGCAGACAGCAGAAGGCCACUCCAUGACAGUAGUCUCGCCUCGCCGUCUUUGCGCAUCAGCUUACUUUAUCCUUUAAGGAAUUAUUAAAAGUGCCGCUUGAAAAAGAAGAAAGAGGAGAAGAAGAUAUUUCGGUCCCUUCCCCCGUCCCCCCCACCCCACACAUAUAUAUACACACACACGCACACACACACACACACACCACCACCACCACCACCGGGGCAUUAACACUGGAACUGGUCGCAAGGUUUACCGGAAUGGCUCGCUGGGGAUUUUAUGGGAUUUUGAUGGGGCUACUGAAGCUCGGCUCUUCUUGUCCUACAUCUUGUUCUUGUAACACCUCGAGGAUCGCGUGCGUCUCUCAGGAACCAGGAAUCGAGGAUUUUCCUAUCUUGGUGCCGGAGACCGACAUGGAAAACAUCACCGACAUGUAUAUCGCCAAUCAGAAUGGACUGUAUAAACUCAACGAGGACUACAUGAAGUUUUACACAAAUCUCAGGAAUUUAACAAUAAUCAACACUGAACUGAUGUCUGUAUCCCCAACAGCCUUCGUCUACAAUUCCAAACUUCAGUAUUUGGAUCUGCGAGACAACAGACUGCUAACACUGUCAUGGACAGCAAUUCGCAAUUCCAACAUGUCAACUCUGCUGCUGGCCGGGAAUCCGCUUGAGUGUACGUGUGAGAACAUGUGGAUCAAGUCGUGGUUGGAUUUAAGCGAGCGGGAUCAACUCCAGUGUCGGCAGAAAGGCGGAAGCCUGAGGACCCUCUCCAAUAUCACUGUCCCUUCAUGCGAAUUUCCACAGGUAGAGGUUGUCCCUGCUGUCGUUAACCAGAUGGCAGGAAGUGGUGCAACAGUAACGUGUAGCGCUUCCGGGUCUCCUGCUCCUGUGCUCUUCUGGAAUUUGAACACCACUGAACAUCCACCACUUACAACCAGCCAUGAGGUGAAAACGAUUGACCUGCAGUCCAGGUUGACACUGAGGAACCUCUCCCACAGCGACAAUGGCCGAGAGAUCACUUGCAGCGCUGAGAAUAUCGUGGGUCAGACUGAGGCUUCUGUCAUCCUCAAUAUCCUCUUCCCCCCAAUUAUCCUGGACCUGGACAAGCCCACGCGCAACCAGGAUUGGUGCAUCCCGUUCAGCGUGACGGGGAACCCAAAACCUGAGCUGAUGUGGUACCACCAGGGCCAACACCUGGAGGAGCGGGACUACAUCAAGACUCAGAUCCACGAGUCGACGGAGAGCGAGUACCAUGGCUGUCUGAACCUUGAUAUCCCCACACACAUCCAUAAUGGUGUCUACACUCUGGUGGCCACCAACGAGUACGGUGAGGAUCAGAGGAACGUCACCGCUCACUUCAUGUUAAUCCCUGACGUGGAGCACUCGGGGGCAGGGUUCUACUACGACACAACCGACAUUCCAGAAAUCCCCGGAAGCCAAGAAGGCAAAGUGGCUGUUUAUGCUGUGGUGGCGAUCGCUGCGGUCGUGCUCACCGGGUGCAUCGGGAUGCUGAUCUUUGCGAAGUAUGGUCGAAGCUCAAAGUUUGGACUGAAGGGGUCCUCCUCGGUAAUCAGUAAUGACGACGACUCAGCCAGCCCACUCCACCAUGUCUCCAAUGGCAACAACACACCGUCAUCCUCUGAGAUGGGCCCAGACGCUGUCAUCAUCGGCAUGACCAAAAUCCCGGUUAUCGAGAACCCACAGUACUUCCGCAAUCCUGGCAGCGUGCUGAAAUCGGACACUUUUGUGCAACACAUCAAACGGCACAACAUAGUCCUGAGGAGAGAACUAGGAGAGGGGGCUUUCGGGAAAGUGUUCUUAGCCGAGUGUUACAACUUGUCACCAGACCAGGAGAAGAUUUUGGUAGCUGUCAAGACCCUAAAAGAGGCGAGUGAAAGUGGGCGGGCCGACUUCCACCGAGAGGCGGAGCUUCUGACCAACCUGCAGCAUGAGCACAUCGUCAAGUUUUACGGCGUGUGUGUGGAGAGCGAUCCCCUCAUCAUGGUGUUCGAGUACAUGAAGCACGGAGACCUCAACAAGUUCCUGAGGGCUCACGGUCCUGAUGCGAUUUUAAUGGCGGAUGGACAGCAGAGUUUGCUGGUAGAGCUAACCCAGUCGCAGAUGCUGCACAUCGCUCAGCAGAUCGCAGCCGGCAUGGUGUAUUUGGCUUCACAGCAUUUCGUUCACAGAGAUCUGGCCACACGCAACUGCCUGGUGGGAGAAAACCUGCUCGUGAAGAUCGGAGACUUCGGCAUGUCCAGAGAUGUGUACAGCACAGAUUACUACAGGGUGGGCGGGCACACCAUGCUGCCCAUCCGCUGGAUGCCUCCCGAGAGCAUCAUGUACCGGAGGUUCACCACAGAGAGUGACGUGUGGAGUUUGGGUGUGGUCCUGUGGGAGAUCUUCACCUACGGCAAGCAGCCCUGGUACCAGCUCUCCAAUAACGAGGUGAUCGAGUGUAUUACACAGGGCCGAGUUCUGCAGAGGCCUCGUACCUGCCCCAAAGAGGUGUAUGACCUGAUGCUGGGCUGCUGGCAGCGUGAACCGUACAUGAGACUCAACAUUAAAGAGAUUCACAAUCUGCUCCAGAGCCUGGCCAAGGCCUCACCUGUUUAUCUGGACAUCCUGGGCUGAACAUGUGUGUGUGUGUGUGUGUGUGUGAGUGUGUGUGUAUAAAAAAUCGGGCUUAAAUGUUCUUGCUUGUGCUUCUGCCUCUUUACCAUAUAGACUAAAGGCCUUAAUGUUGAUUGCAUACAUUUCUGCAAAUUUUUUCCGGACAUCCGUAUCCUCCCUGCUUCAGAAUUUCUUUUCUAGUCGCGUGUGGCCAACAAAACAGAAUCAGGCCGAUGGUUGUAAAUACUCCUGGACUUUUUAUUAAGAGGCUUUGAAUUUUUUUUGUCUCUCUCAUCGCAGUGACUGGAGGAACGAUUAGCCGAAGUACAAGCAAAACUACAAGCAAAAAAAACAAACAAACAAAAAAACAAAAACAAACAAACAAAAAAGGUUUAUGCUUACCUGUCAGAGAUGACGGAUGUUUGUGAAACCUGGACCGUUUGGAAAAAGGGAAACCAUUUUUUUGUGGAUUUUAGCUUCAUAUGGUCCUUUGUUGCCACCGUGGUGCCAUUCUUUCUUUUUCGUUUAUUUUUUCCUCCUAAUUUACACUUCCGAACAAAAUGGAGACGUCUCGAUUUAGAGUCACAAACGGCUCAUUUAUUAGCACAACUCCUAGUCGCUGUCCUGGUGAGCGUGAGCGUGGACUGCAAUACAACUGCUCAAGCUGGAAGACCAUAAAAACAUAUAUAUAUAUAUAUAUAUUCUUUUUUUGUUGUUUGGAUUAAGAAACAAUGAUGGAGUUUUUUUUUGUUUUGUAUUUGUAACCGAAGCACAGUGGAAAAUGUCGCUAAGUCUUAACUCCGGUUCACCGUCACUGUAAAGCGGUUGUGCAGACGUCAGGACGGCGAUCGGUUUACCUGGUUCUUUGUCAAACUUUUUUGUGGUUUUGGUGAGAGCACAGUGGCAAAAAGUCACCAGCAGCAGCAGCAGCAGUGGAACUCCAUGAGGAUGGUGAACGGACUGCCCCUAAACACGAGGGCAUUUUUUGUAAUCCGGCAAAAUGAUGGUCGUGGUCUGUUACAGCAAUGACAUGAUGAGGGGAUGUUCUCAGUGCCAAAAAGAGACCGUGUGUAUGGAGUUGCGUUCGGGUCAAGGUGAGUUUUUAUGACUGAAAGACACGUCGAACUAAUACAUGGAGAUGGAUUUCAUUUGCACUUAUGAUUCUAAUCAUAAAUCAUGAAUAAUUCUUUAUCGGUUUUUAUAGGCUCUGUUAUUUACGAUGAAAAGAAAAAUGCUUUAAAUGUGCCCUUUGCUAAGUUUUUGUUGGUUUGUUUUUGUGUGUGUGAUCUGAAAGCAGGCAGUUUGAAAGCAUUUGAUUUUUGGUGGGCACUGUGAUGUGACAUGAGCUGGCCUUCCCUGAGGUCACCACCAGGAGACAAAGACCCUAUGAAGGGAGCCAGGAUACAGUGUGUGUGUGUGUGUGUGGUUGAGUCCCACCUGCUUUGUGAAAAGAGGAGGAUAUUUCCAGGAAGACGUAUUAACCCCACUCAAACGGACUAAUUAGCUCUGAUUAGAAGGAAAGGAUGUAAUUGGUUAGUUCAGAAUAAAACCCCGCCUCCUCCUGGUUAUAUUUCAUGACCUCACAAGAAGAAAGUCCUCCUCUAAUCUUCUACAAAUGGGUGGGCGACCUCUCCGCUAGCGAUCCGUGCAAUCAAAAUGUAAAUGCUCAUCGGCUACAUUCGCUGUCCUUCGUACUCUGAUGUCGAACUCGAUAAAACUCGGGAAAUUUUUGUUUUCCCCUCCCAAGAGUCAAAAAAAAAAAAUGUGAGAGAAAAACGCACAGAAAGAUUUUUUUGUUUCAUUUGAUAAUCAAGCAGAUGUUAUUAAUAUGAUAUAUUAAUAAUAAUAAUAAUAAUAGAGUGCUUCAUUUCAAUUUCAUUCCUGCAAUUUUUUUAUUUAUUUAAUUCGGGAAUAAAUUUGAAGAAAAAAAAUAAUGAAAAUUAAAAUAUUCAAGAAUUAUAAUUUGUCCAUCUAAGGUUUUUUUUUGGGACUGAAAAGUGAAUCUUUAUUUAUUUUUUUGUCCAUUUAUUAUGGUCCAACCGUAUCCGUCUGCUCUAAAAAGCCAGCCUGUAUUUCAUUAGCCCAUGCUGUACAGAUGAAAUGUUUUGUGUAUAUGAAUAGUACGUUCUAAAUAAAAAAAAAAAAAAUAUAUAUAUAUAUAUAUAUAUAUAUAUAUAUAUAUAUAUAUAUAUAUAUAUAUAUAUAUAUAUAUAUAUAUAUAUAUAUAUAUAUAUUCUGUUUAAAAAGAGCUACCAUGUCAAACGUGUGACACUGAUUCUAAAGGGGCCACAGGUGUGUAAAUACAAAUUAUUUUGUCUGACAAAACGUACUGUACAAAACUUCACAAGUGUCGUAUUUCUUUGGUUUUUCAAUCUGAAAAAGUGUGAUGUUCAUCGCUCUUCGCCGUGUGAUGCUGCGACACCAGGUUGCCAUGGUGAUCAGCAUCCGCGUCCAGGUUGAUUUCGUCCUCUACACCCCCCCCUUCUUUGUUUAUGUCAUGUCCUACAGCGAAUAUGUUUUAUCUUUACAAAUGAAGAACUGUGACUGGGCACUACUGUAUUAAUUUUUCGUUGAAUGUAUUUACACUGAAAGGGGACGCUUUUUUUUGAAUGUAUCCCCCCUCCUGGGUUCCAUUUUAUUUCCUUCUUUGGUUUCAUUCUUGAGAAACUUGAGAAAAUUUACGGAACUUUGCUAUUUUUUAUUUGGAGAAAUCUUUUUAAGAGUGACGGUGUGUGUGUGUGUGUGUGUGUGUGUGUGUGAGAGAGAGAGAGAGAGAGAGAGAGAGAGAGAGAGAGAGAGAGUGUGUGUGUAAAACGUUUGCAUAGUAUGUGCAUGUACGAGAGUGUUAAAUUGCCUCCGUUUCUUUUUGCUCCUGGCAGACUCAAUCUCACUGCUUCGAUUCGAUCAGUAUUCUCUACGCUUUGUGCAUCCUGAGAGCAGCUUCUCUGCAGUCAGUGGAAAUGUUCCUUGUACUACUGUGCAUUUAAUAAAAGUGGUAUGUCUUACA